CCUGAAGAUAAAAAUCCGGAUAAUAUCUGCAAAAAUAAUGUGUGUCGCUGCUCACAGGGUAACUGCUGUGUACGAAAACCAGAAAAUAUGUCUUCUGGAAAACAGCGGUGGAAACUAGCUGCAUGCAAAGGAAGACAUUAUGUCUACAAGGUUAAACUGAUCAGUGUAAAGAAGUGUCACUACGAUCAGUACGAGAUGAAGAUCGUCCAGAUUAUACAAAAGGGGUCAGAAGUUGGUUUGAAAAAACAUGACAAGAGGAUGUUUCUCUCACAUGCAAGCUGUAGGACGGGGCUUGGUUUGAGAGAGGGUCAGGACUAUCUGAUCAUUGGGCGGAUUGCUGAUGUUUGGCACGCAGGGAGCACAACCGACAAGUACCUGUAUAUGCUGGGUAAGGACACAUGGGUCGAGCGCUGGCCAGCCGAGUCUGAAUGUGUUCGUGGAUCCGCUCUGAAGGUGAAAUGUGCUGAGCUGAAGAGCUUCCCAGCAGCACUGACAAAGAGCUGCUGUCAGAUUUGAGAGACGCCUCACAAACGUUAUUCUCUAAACACUCUAAUGACAAUACCGUAUCAAAAACAAAGCUCAAUAUAAUACUUUGAGGUCAUAUUA